ACGUGAGCCUACCGUGGGGCCGCUUCCGAUGCUCUUGAUAGCCCCGCCUUUGCGUUGUUCAUAUCUCUUACUGUCGGUCUCAUCUUCUCUUUCCGUUUCCCAAAACCCUCAGUUGCAGAUAAAAAUAUGGAUUUCUACAGAUGGGUUUAUCUAAUGCUCUUCAGUUUCCUACCCAUCUUCUCCUUUUCUCUACCCCAUCCAAAUGGUUUCUCCAAAAUCUCAUCAGACUAUCUCAGCCAUGCAAAAAAACCAGAGCUGGUGGAUUGGAUGGUGGAUAUCAGGAGGAGAAUACAUGAGAAGCCAGAACUCUGUUUUGAGGAAUUUGAGACCAGUAAGCUCAUCAGGAGACAGCUUGAUGAGAUGGGUGUUCGGUACAAGUACCCAGUAGCCAUUACAGGGAUCGUCGGUUUUAUUGGGACCGGCGGGCCGCCUUUCGUUGCGAUAAGAGCCGACAUGGAUGCUCUUCCAAUGCAGGAGAGUGUGGAGUGGGAGCACAAGAGUAAAGUGGAGGGCAAGAUGCAUGCUUGCGGACACGAUGCCCACGUCACGAUGCUGCUUGGUGCUGCAAAGAUCCUUCAAGAGCAUCUUGAGAAUUUGCAGGGAACUGUUGUCCUUCUAUUUCAACCAGGUGAGGAAGGAUGUGGAGGAGCACAGAGAAUGAUAGAAGCUGGAGUAUUAGAGAACAUUGAAGCCAUUUUUGGGCUGCAUGUCUACCCAUUCUCACCCAUCGGUGUAGUCUCCUCCAGGCCUGGUCCAAUUAUGGCUGGGAGUGGAGUAUUUGAGGCAGUAAUAAGUGGGAAGGGAGGUCACGCGGCAAUCCCUCACCGCGCAAUCGAUCCGAUUUUAGCGGCAUCCAACAUAGUUGUUAGCUUGCAACAUCUUGUUUCACGUGAAGCUGAUCCCUUGGAUUCACAGGUAGUAACGGUAGCAAAAUUCCAAGGCGGCAGCGCAUUCAAUGUUAUUCCAGAUUCUGUUACUAUUGGCGGCAUCUUCCGGGCCUUCUCUAAAGAAAGCCUUUCAAAACUCCAGCAACGGAUUGAAGAGGUCAUUGUUGGACAAGCAGCUGUACAGAGGUGUAGCGCAACUGUUGAUUUCCAAGCAAAUGGCAUCCCGUCAUAUCCUGUUACUGUAAACAACAAAGACCUGCACGAGCACUUCCUAAAUGUUGCGGGUGAUAUGCUGGGUGUCGAGAAUGUCAGAGAAAUGAGACCAAUUACAGGAUCGGAAGAUUUUGCAUUUUUCACAGAUUUGAUGCCAGCAUAUUACUUCUUCGUCGGGACGAGGAAUGAGUCACAUGGACCACUCCAAUUUCCACACUCCCCUUAUUUCACUCUCAAUGAAGAUGUGCUUCCUUAUGGCGCGGCACUAUAUGCAUCUUUGGCUACAAGGUAUCUUCUUGAAUUCCACGCUCCUUCCGUGUCUCUUGAAGAGAAGGCUCAUGAUGUACUUUAAAGGUGCCAUGCUAUGUUUUUAUAUAUCUUUUACCA